AUGGCUGCUGUCGUAUAUUUAAAAGUUACUGACGCUACUGGAAGCUCCAAUAUCUCGCUAGUGUGUGAACUUAAACAAGUUGCUCCACUGAAACCCACUACAAUACCAAGAAUGGAGCUCAAUGCCGCUGUACUCCGCUGUAUCUUUAACGGGGAUACGAAACUCAACCCAGCUGACUGCGCUUCAAGAGGUUUAACAGCAGCCAAACUAGAACAGCAUUCGCUAUGGUGGACGGGACCUAAGUGGCUCAGUCAAUCAAAAGAAAACUGGCCAUCUGUUGACAUCCCUUCGCAGACGGUAUCACAUCUUGAAGAACGUCCAGGUCUGGUUUUUACCAUCUACAAGGCAGAUUCACACCCGCUAUACACGCUACUGGAUAAAUUCUCUAAGUUGUCACCGUUACUUCACACGCUUGGAAUCUGUCUACGUGCCAUCGCUAAAUUUAAAAAAGUGCCACAGUCCACACUGGCCACACCACUCGCUACAGUUGACCUGGAACUCGCAAAGACUUUGCUGAUCAAGUAUACGCAAAGUCAGUACCAUUCGCAAGAGCUGAAACUACUGAAAAAUGGUGAUUCUCUACAACGAAAUCAUCGUCUCGCUAAAUUGAUUCCCUACGUCGACUACAAUGAAGUACUCAGAGUCGGCGGUCGCUUGAAGAAUUCGCUACUGGAUGAUGAACGAAAUAAUCCAGUAAUACUGCCAAGAACAUCUCAUAGGGGAACUCAAUUGACUAUCGCUGAUUUACGGAGAUCUGACUGGAUAGAAGGUGGGCAAGUUCCAGCCAGGUCUCACAUUCUUCGCUGCGUCCGCUAUAUAUAUAUUGAAAUUAUCAUGAAUUAUUCUACUGACGCUUUCGCCGCAGCAUUUAGAAGAUUUACUAAUCGGAGAGGCGCCUGCAAUACCCUAUACUCGGACUGUGGUACAAAUUUUAUAGGAGCAGACGCCACGCUAAGAAAAGAAUUCGCAGCAGGAUCGAGACAGCUAAAGGAACUUCAGUAUUUACUCGCUACAGAUGGCACAGACUGCAAGUUCAACCCGUCAAGCGCUCCCCAUUUUGGUGACAAAUGGGAAGCAGCCGUAAAGUCAAUCAAGUUCCAUUUUAUACGAACUAUUGGUGAAUCGCUAUUGACUUACGACCAACUCGCUACAGUUAACACAGAUUGA